CAGAAAUUUAUUGCUGUCACUCGUCAGAUUCCUGGCUACUUUUGGUGAAAUAUACAGGACAAGCAAAAGAUGAAUGUUUACCCAAAAAAAUAGAAAAAGCAAAAGAUGAAUUAAACUUUUCCAAUCUGUUCCCAUCAGCAAACCCAUGUUCCCCUUUCUUCUUUUGUUUUCUUUAUUCUGAUAGAUCCCCCAUUGCUGAAGCAAAAACUGUUUUUUUUCAAGCUUUUUUUCUUGUUCUGUUGAAUUUUCGGUUGCAUUGGUGUAGAAAUCUGUCACCUUUGCCACCUUUUGUUGCAGUCUUCUUUGCUGUAAUCCUUUUUUUCAAGUUCUUUUUGCCUGUUUUUGUCAUUGGUUAUAGUCUCACUGGUGAAGAAAUUUGUCAAAUUUGCCACCUUCUGUGACAAUUCUUUGCUUUUUGCCCUCCAAAUUUUCAAAUUUUCUUGCUUCAGAUCUGCAAAGAAAUUGGGUGUGCUGAUUUCUGAGAGUGCAAUACAAAUUUGCAGAAAAAACCAGUCUUUCUUCAUGGCAGGUUUGUUUCCAAACAAGGAAAUUCAAAUGCAAAAACAUGAGUGAUGAAGGUGAAACUUGAUGGGGUUUCUCAAUAUUUUGAUGAAAUUUGAGAAAUUAAAAGUUGGGUUUUUUCAUGGUUUUAGUAUAAUUUGAGCUCUUCUGGAGAUUGGGUUGUUCUUGUUUUUCCAUUGGGACCUCUCUUUUCACUGAAAGAUACCACUUUUAGAAAUUUGGUGAUGGCGCUUCCGGUCAGGGAGAUUUUUGGGAUGCUAUUUCUGGUGAUUUUCUCUGCAUUUGCAAGGAUUGCAGAAGCUCAAUCAAAAUCUUUUCUGAUAAAUUGUGGCACAAAUUCCAGCAUCACUGUGAGUGGUAGGAAAUGGGUUGGUGACUUAGCCCCCAACAACAACUUCACCCUCAGCUCCCCUACGAAUGCUGCAUCCACAACUCCCUCAAGUGUUGAUUCAACAACAUACGAGCCGCUGUACGCUACGGCGCGAAUUUUCGAUGGUGGCUUGAACUACACGUUCCCAGGUACUCGGGGGAGCUAUUUUGUUAGGCUCCAUUUCCGUCCUCUCCCAUUUGAUCAUUACAAUGUGAAUGAAUCUAGAUUUGGAGUUGUUGCAAAUGGUCUGAAGUUGGUGUCUGAAUUCAGUGUUUCGGGUGAGAUAUCCCGAAAAAAUGCGUACUUGCUGAGUUCAGGGAGCAAUUUAACUUCUUUCUUGGUUAAGGAGUACAUUUUGGCCAUCAAGGAGGAUGUACUUGUUUUUGAGUUCAUCCCGGUUAAGGGGUCAUUUGGAUUCGUAAAUGCGAUUGAAAUUGUUCCGGCGGUGGAUACACUCUUUGCAGGAUCAGUUAGUAAAGUGGGUGGAAAUGGUGCAAAUCAGAGUAUAAGUUGGCAAGGGAUUGAGACUAUGUAUAGGUUGAAUGUUGGGGGUUCGGAAAUUGAUCCCGGUCAGGAUGCAGAUCUUUGGAGAACAUGGGAAGUGGAUUCUAGCUACAUGAUCACAGAAAAUGCCGGGUUGAAAAUCAAUAACAGAUCAAGCAUUACCUUUUCGUCCGCAAAUGAUUCCUCGGUGGCGCCUCUUCUUGUAUAUGAAACUGCAAGAACUAUGGUCAACACUGAAGUAUUGGAGAAAAGGUUCAACAUGUCGUGGAAGUUUGAAGUUCAUCCUGAUUUCGAUUAUUUAGUUCGACUGCAUUUCUGUGAGCUGAUUUUUGACGAAGCAAAAGAGAGGAUCUUCAGAAUUUACAUAAACAACAGGACUGCAGCAGAUAAUUUCAAUGUUUUUGUCCGUGCGGGGGGCAAGAACAAAGCGUAUCAUCAGGACUUUUUCGAUGUGGUGUCUCCAAAAGUUGACACACUAUGGAUUCAAUUGGGUCCUGACACAGCAGCUGGGGCUGCAGGAACUGAUGCUCUCUUGAAUGGCUUGGAGAUUUUCAAGCUCAGUAGAAAUGGGAAUCUCGCUUAUGUUGAGAAGUAUGAUUCAGGUGUUACUUCACCACGGAGUUCAAAAAAUCAAAUGCUUUGGGUGGGAGUUGGAGCAGGUAUAGCUUCUGUUGCCAUUCUUGCCAUUGUCAUUUACUGUUUCUGCAAUAGACUGAGAGGAAAAUCAACUGACACGAAAAACACCCCCGCUGGGUGGAGGCCGUUAUUCCUUAAUGGCUCCAUUUUAAACAGCAAUGUCAAUGCCAAGGGAGCAGGAAGCCAGAAUCCAUAUGGUUCUGCACCCUCUAUCAGAGCUGGCAAGCGGUUCAUGUUACCAGAGAUCCGUGCAGCAACGAAUAAUUUUGAUGAAAGUUUAGUGAUUGGACUUGGAGGCUUUGGUAAGGUGUACAAAGGGGAGACUGAUGAUGGCACUCUUGUAGCAAUCAAGCGAGCCAACCCCCAAUCUCAGCAAGGACUGGCUGAAUUUGAGACGGAGAUUGAGAUGCUUUCCAAGCUCAGGCAUAGGCAUUUGGUGUCAUUGAUUGGAUUCUGUGAAGAACAAAAUGAGAUGAUCUUGGUUUACGAGUACAUGGCAAAUGGGACACUUAGAAGCCAUCUCUUUGGGAGUGAUCUCCCACCGCUGACUUUUAAGCAACGAGUAGAAGCGUGCAUUGGUGCUGCACGAGGACUCCAUUAUCUUCAUACUGGAGCAGAUAGGGGAAUAAUUCACAGGGAUGUUAAGACAACCAACAUACUGCUAGAUGAAAAUUUUGUCGCAAAAAUGUCCGACUUUGGAUUGUCUAAAACAGGUCCGGCUUUGGACCACACCCACGUUAGUACUGCAGUUAAAGGAAGCUUCGGAUACCUUGACCCUGAAUAUUAUCGACGACAGCAGUUGACAGAGAAAUCGGAUGUCUACUCGUUUGGUGUAGUGCUGUUUGAAGCUGUUUGUGCUAGGCCUGUUAUAAACCCAACCUUGCCAAAAGAUCAGAUCAAUCUUGCAGAAUGGGCAAUGAUGUGGCAACGAAAGAGGUCCCUUGAGACCAUCAUUGACCGUCGUCUUGAAGGAACUUAUUGUCCCGAGGCACUGAAGAAGUUUGGGGAGAUAGCGGAGAAAUGUCUCGCUGAUGGGGGGAAGAGCCGGCCAACAAUGGGGGAAGUUCUGUGGCACUUGGAGUAUGCCUUGCAACUCCAUGAAGCGUGGAUGCGUACCAAUGCUGGAGACAAUUCUUUUACAAGUAGUCAGGCUUUCGGGGGAGAAGCACAAGAGAAGGAAGGAGCUCCGAGUUUUGAUGAAGAGGCCGGUUGCAGCGGACAGUCUACCACAAGAGCAUCCGAUGAAUCUGCAGACGGAGGUGCGAGGCAUGAAAAUUGAGGAAGUGAAAUUGUAUUCACUAUAUUAUUCCAAUAUAAUUCUUUCAUAAUUGUUUUAUGUAGUUGUAUAUUAAUUUGAAGUUAUGUUAUAUAUAUACACAUUGAGAUUCUUCUUAAGACUU